AGCAAGGGCAGAACAUGGUUUGGGACGGAACCGGAGGUGGCACUGUAGAGCCACUUCAGUGUGAACUCCUUCAAACUCGCGUUACCACAAUAUGUCGUGAUCGCAUCGGAUAAUCUUACAUUGUGAAGAAUUGGAACACUGGAAUAUUCCGUACCUAAAGCUGAAGAGUCACAAUUCUUAAUCAAGAGACUUUCUCACUCCUGUCCUUCCUGGUACUCCGUGGUACUUGCUGAGAUGAUGAAGGCAUUGGAAUCUGGAGUUUUUGGUGCGUAAGCCAGAAGAGCUGGAAUGUUAAGCAGGCGCUUUGGAGAAGAUAACAAUCCUGGUCUGUUUCUCUUCUAAAACAGCAGCCAUACAAGUGCAAGCUUGAUAGGUGGAGCAAACACUCUGACCAGGCUGUCAUGGCCUCAGGUUUCCAAUCAUGCAGAACUUGUCCCUCAUAAGCCUUGCAUCUCUCGCACACACCUUUCCACGUGAACCUCACGCCUGCAUUAUGACCACCUCCCACAUGAAUGGCCAUGUAAGUGAGUCAGAAGACAGGGCAGCAGGCACCAGCGAAGCCCUGGACUCUUCUGGCCACUGGCACAGGGAGAUGGCUGUGGACUGCCCAGGUGAACUGGGAGCUCGCACGUUGCCUGUACGGCGCAGCGCCCAGCUGGAACGCAUUCGCCAACAGCAGGAGGACCGCAGGAGAAGAGAAGAGGAAGGUCGUAACCGUCAAGAGCUCGAUGUCAACUCCUCCAUGCGCCUCAAGAAGCUGGCACAGAACCCCAAGGUGGGCAUUGACAACCCCACCUUUGAGCCCUUGGAGGGUCCUGGCAUGUCACUAGUGCAGCUGCAGGGCUUCGGCGGGGCACCACGACUACUGGAAUUGGAGGAGUUGCUGAUGUCUCUGAAGCAGGUACAGCACUGUCUCGGUGAUGCGCAGAGUCAGGAGGACGUGGAGCUGGUGUUGCAGCUCGUUCAGAAGCCUGACUUUCAGAAGGCCUUCAACAUCCACAAUGCUGUGGCACUACACAUGAACCAGCCAAGUCCUCCCUUCCCCCUCACAGACCGUGCACAAAGCCUUGUACAUGAGGUCCAGGCCAUGCUGCACAACAGCUCACAGAAAGAGGGUCUUGACCUAAGUACUUUGCUCAAAAGUCCUCACAUGCUGGCACUUAUGCUGGCCCACGACAGUGUGGCUGAGCAGGAGAUGCAGCUAGAGCCUGUGGGUCCUCUUGAUAGCCCAUGUGAGACCCUUACACAGUGGGGUGGUGAGACUGUCAGGAUUGUACGUAUCGAGAAGGCCAAGGACAUCCCGCUGGGAGCCACGGUGAGGAAUGACAUGGAUAGUGUGAUUAUUAGUCGCAUUGUGAAAGGAGGGGCAGCAGAGCACAGUGGACUGCUCCAUGAAGGUGAUGAGAUAUUGGAGAUCAACGGGGUCGAGAUCCGUGGCAAAGAUGUCAAUGAAGUGUUUGAUAUCCUGGCAGAGAUGCACGGCACAUUGACCUUUAUUCUGAUUCCCAGCCCAAAUACUAAACCUCCUCCCAUUAAAGAGACUGUGGUGCAUGUGAAAGCACAUUUUGACUAUGACCCUUCUGAUGACCCGUACGUACCAUGCCGGGAGUUGGGUCUCUGCUUUCAGAAGGGGGACAUUUUACACAUCAUCAGCCAGGAUGACCCCAACUGGUGGCAGGCUUACAGAGAUGGAGAUGAAGAAAAUCAGCCUCUAGCCGGGCUGGUGCCAGGUAAGACUUUUCAGCAGCAAAGGGAAGCUAUGAAACAAACAAUAGAAGAAGAUAAGGAGCCUGAAAAAUCAGGGAAGCUGUGGUGUGCAAAAAAGAACAAGAAGAAGCGGAAGAAACUGCUGUAUAAUGCAAACAAGACAGAUGACUAUGACAAUGAGGAGAUUCUUACCUAUGAGGAGAUGGCACUGUACCACCAGCCAGCCAAUCGCAAGCGCCCCAUUGCUCUGAUUGGUCCUCCAAACUGUGGGCAGAAUGAGCUGAGACAGAGACUGCUGUCUAGUGAGCCUGAUCGGUUUGGAGGUGCUGUUCCUCACACCACACGGAACCGGAGGGAUGGUGAAGUGAACGGGCGUGACUACCACUUUGUGUCACGCCAGGCCUUUGAGAUGGAUUCUGCAGCAGGGAAGUUCAUUGAAUCGGGAGAGUUUGAGAAAAACCUGUAUGGCACCAGCACAGAUUCUGUGCGGCAGCUAAUCAAUAGUGGCAAAAUUUGCCUUCUUUGUCUGCACACUCAGUCUUUGAAGGUAUUGCGCAGCUCUGACCUCAAGCCCUAUAUUAUCUUCAUUGCACCACCCUCCCAGGAACGACUGCGUGCCCUCUUAGCAAAAGAUAACAAGAACCCGAAGCCUGAGGAGCUGAGGGACAUAAUCGAGAAAGCAAGGGAGAUGGAGCAGAACUUUGGCCACUUGUUUGAUGCUGCAAUUGUGAACACUGACCAGGACAAGGCUUAUCAGGAGCUGUUGCGCCUCAUCAACAAACUGGACACAGAGCCUCAGUGGGUUCCUUCAUCUUGGCUGCGCUGAGAUCACUUUUCACAGACAAGCACACACAACCCAAGAAAACCAUGCUGUGCAUGGGCUUUGUGGAGUUUAGUGGAUUGUAUGACUGGAUAAUUGAUUGUCUGCUGUGUUGGUGUUCUGUGUUCUACAUUUAACCACAAUGUGAACUCAAACUCGAACAUAACUGUUUCAGUUCUGUUGACUCACAGGCUUUAAAAUAACACCCCACGUUCUAAGCAAUGUAAGAAAUUUACCAGCAUAUGAUAGUCGCAGUAGAGUCUUAGUGCUUCUAUACAGCAUAAUUAUACAUAAUCCUGAUUAUUUAUCAUUUGAAAAUUAUGAUUUCUAAAAAGUGUCAAGGUGUGUAAUUUUAUCAUCAGAACCUUUCUGUACAGUGGACUGGGGACAGCAAUUAAAUAUUCUUGCAGACCAGGACUCUCAACUGGGCAUAAAUCUCUGCAUACAUUUUUCACCUAGAAAAUUAUCAGGAACUACUAGAAACUACUUAGUGCCACACAGUAACUUAGAAUUUAGGAAGUUCCCCUUGGACUUGUGACUAAAUAUUUCAGUCUGUCACUGACAAGUUUCUUCUUCUGAUCUGUAUGCUGCUUCCCUUGUCAUUUGCCCAUCUAAAGAGCCUGUUGUCCUUUUAUUUAGAGAGCUUCCAAAUGGCUUUUUUGACAUUCUGAUGUAUAACUAGCAUUAUACAUUAGUUUAUAUUAGUUUACCAAUUGGACAAUUGUUGCAAAAUUGCAAGGAAAGACGUGCUGGAGAUGUCAUUCCUGUGCUUAAAUUUGAAUGGCUAGUGUCUGCAAUUUUGUGAAGGACAGAUAUGGGUCAUUUACUUUUUCAAAUUACAGUGCUGAUCUACAUGAAGCAGAGGCUUUGUUUUGCAUUAAUAAGUCUUUCUUGUGAUGCACAGCUGACACUAGUGGAUAUAAGACUCAUCCCGUCUGAAGAACAAAAAGUUUCAAGCCUCCAAGCCAUGAAAAAGACUAAAUUCAAAAGUUAUAACAAGAUCCACUGCCUUCCCCAUUCCAACUUACUCAUCUUUUCAUUCUGAUAGCAAUCAAGACAAGAGUUUGUGUAAUAACAAACAAACAGCUCAUUUGUUCUAGUUUCUAUUUUUGUGUGUGUCUGUCUGUGUUGUGUGUUUUCUGUUACAGUAUUCACAUGCACUGAUUUCAGAAGUGUGACCAGUAUGGUAAAGAGUAUUUCAGAGCAAUAAAAUAAGGUUCACCUACUGAGCAUAAUACCAGCCUAGGCUUACAGUUUGUUACACUUACUUUAAAGUUAUGUCUUUUCUCUGGUUUAAACAGAUUAUCAAUUCUGUGUUGUGUACACAUUUUCAUUGCCUGCUGGGUUUCUAUGUUUGUACCUGUGAUGAGUUGGGGCUCUUAAAUCUAUGCACUUGCUCCUAAAAGUUGGCUUAUAAAACAAGAAUUCAGUCACAAAACUCAAGUGCUAUGUGGAGAAAA